AUGGAUCUUACGCAUACUGAUCGAGUAGCGACUACGUCUGCGUACCACUCAAGUCAGACGAACCAGGAGGACGCUCCCAGAGCGGCAGUUCCCCGCAGAAUUGGACUCGGCCUUACUCGGAGCUAUGCUGCGAACUGGCAAGUCCGGGAUGCUUUCCGAGAGCUAUAUCAGAAUUGGAAAGACGCAAUAAUCGAGAGGCAUAAUCUCAGCUUGCUAGACUUCGCUCCGGAAGUCCUGGCCACGCGGGACAAAACGCGGGACGAGAUACGAAUACUUGUUAAAGGACGACCGGUUCAGCCGCAGGCUGAAGGAGAACAGGGAGCAUUUGGACCAACACUUGGAUAUAUUCGAUUCGAUAAAAUACGAGGGAGUGCCGAGUUUACGAACUUCCAUGCGACCUUGGACCCUCAAUGCCUGGAGUUGGGCUAUACGACCAAAAAGGACAAUGAGAGCUUGGCUGGGGGCCACGGGGAAGGACUUAAAAUCGCCGCCCUUGUGCUCUCCCGCAAUAAUCACCACGUUAAGAUCGCUGCAAGUGGGUUUAACUGGAAUUUUGGAUUCAACGGCGGGCAAUCAAGAAACAACUUUUACUGUCGUCUCUCACACGCCAAAGCUAGACACGAGCCGAUGGGGGCCAGUAGUAGAGGCAGAGAUACGGACCCUAGCCCUAGUGCGUGGGAAGACGUGUCAGUGACGGUGGAAAGAGGAAGGGGAGAGCGGGUCUCUUUCACAGAGUUCAGAGCUUGGAUGUGCGACACGGUCGACCUUCAUGCACCCGCCGGGCGAAUUCGGACGGCUGUCGGAGACCUCCUCUUGGAACCGAUGUAUCGGGGGUGCCUGUUUUUGAAAGGCAUCCGUGUGCAAGAGCGAAGCAUCAAUGAUCCGACGUUCCAUUCCGGCUACAACUUGAUCCGCGGCAGCGUAGAUCGGGACCGCAGGCGGCUACUGAACGGCCAGCAGGUCACGCAAGAUAUUCAUUCAAUCUGGGAGCAUGCGAUAGCCCAGGCGGAAGCCUCAGUUCUCCCAAAGUAUCUCGACCUCUUCCAGUGUGUCCCACCGCCAAUCGAAGUGAACGAUGCCCACCAAUGGGUGACGGAACUUACGGCCAAGAAGAUGUGGGGUAUACUGAGUCACGAAUCGAAAAUGAAGGAUUUGUUUUACUAUCCCCGAAGCCGCCAAGAGAAGGAUACUGUCGUCAUUCAAACAGAGCUCAUGAAAACGCCGCACCCACUACCGAAUCAGCUCUGGCAAGUAUUACAGAAGCAUGGCCAGGUUCGCACUCCAUUUGAAGAGCUGCAGAGCCGACUGAAAUCUUCAGCGGAGACCCCAAUCCCUGGCACUGUAUUCGCACAGGGCGUGGCAAGAAUUCUCCGCGCAUUGUUCGCGCUAGAUACACACACGCAGAAACUGAAGCUCGUCUUUGUUCGGUGCGAUAUCCAUACUGUUGACCUCGCGUACCAGGCGGAUGGCCACGUUCUAUAUAUCCACGACAAAUGGCUUCAGUACCACGGCGUCAGUCAUGCGUGCCAUCCGUCAAUCGAACCGGAGGCUAGCACCUUCGUCUGCCAUCACGUUGUACAAGAACUAUAUUGCCGAGCCUUGGCGAUCAUAUACAGUCCGUCCGCCAAGGAACACAGCCUGUUAAUGGAACGUCUAGUUCAGAAAUGCCAGCAACAGCUCGAGCAGAUGCCCCGCAUGAUUCGGUUGUUAACUACGGAGGAUGAACGGGCACUAGAGGUCUCUUUUACCACGGGCCACAGUCUUGCGUUUGCUCAGUUGUAUGGCUCUCAAGUCAGGUACAUGGUGGUCCUGCACGGGUCCAGUUGUGUCACUGGCACAAAUGGCAUGGAAAGUCUGAUGUACGAUAUGGAUAAGGACGCCUGUGACUGUCCACGAAAGACGGUCUCGCUCGAUAUUCGGACCGUUCGCUUCAGUGAUCUGAACCAAGGGCCGUGGGUACCAGUUGUCGCCAGAUUGCAAGAUGUGGAUGGCGCUCCCGAUUGCUAUCAGACCUCUGGGCCCAUUCGAGCGACUCAUGGGGCGCUAAUGGGAACAUUGCAGCAGACGGUGUGGUUGCGGAAUGGUGAAAUUGUUUUCGGUUGCCCCAUAGAGAACGUUCAGGACCGAGAUACAGCAGCCAAUUCGCUCAGUCAACUGAGCGCUUUCGGACAAAAGAGGAUCUUAAUGCCGGACACGGAGGUGGCCAGCAAGGGGAUGGCAAGUGCCCAAACCCCUGCAGUGUCGUGCAUCCAGGAUUUGCAGAGUUCACAGCUGCCCGACGAGAGAAGUUUAGUCCCAGGGUGCGAAUGCAUCUCUCAUCUGAGUGAUGGACCGGCAGCUGAAUCUCACGUUUCUGCCCUACCUACAUGUUCCCUUGCUUUCCUUCCUACAGAAGACGAAAUUGUUGCUGCGCCGGGAGGCGCAUCCAUAACUGACACCGACAGGGAUCACGGCCAAAUGGCGAUUAGUCCUCGACAGGUCAGACCCCGUGAGAGCAGCCUAUCCUCAGUGCCUUGCAUUGUAGAUGAGACGAGCGUUUCGGACUCGGAAAUACCUCGAUCCCUGCCGGAUACAGCAAAUAAUCCGGCCCGAAGCUGUCAGGCAAACGGACUCUAUCGAUCAUGCGACCAAUAUGUACAGUUCUCCCGGAGGGCGUAUGCCCGCGUAACGCUGAGGGAGCCAGAUGCCCAGGGCCAUACCGCUCGUUACGUCCUAUAUGUCCAUGACAUUCUCCUGCCAACCGACAGGAAUAAUGAUACUUCCCGAUUACUCGUGACAAAAUAUUCUUUCCUUGUCAAUCACUGUGUUUUCCAGAGGAAGAGUAACGUACCUAGUGACAGGGAAUUGCUCCUUCACUUCCGAGAUAUUGCGAAAAUGGGCGAGGAAGAGGACGCGGAACUAAUCGACACCAGGAACGUGGAGUUGGAGGACGUUGGUGGUGACGACCAAUAUCCUACUGUGUUUCAUGCCACGCGGACGCCUGACAGUGGUUCAAGCAAGGAAUAUUUCGCGCGUUAUGCGGCCUGCGGCGACCUACAGGAUGGCAGUUUCUUCGUGACUCCGCUGGCACCUCCCUUACCUGACCGUGGCUGCGCCCUUCCUUUGUCGACAAUCCCUGUGGCGUCAGUUUUUGAUGUUUCCUUCGGUGACACGAAGUUAUCGGCUGCCUUCGCACGGGCAGGAUACCCCAUUCGCGCGGCAGUCAUAGGGGACAACGAAACUCGGCAAUGGUGGCUGGACCACUGUCCUGGCGCUUUUCUCUGUUCCGGUGACCCUGCGUCUGUGAUUGCCGACGUCGAUAGCGGGAAGUCCAAAUUACCUGGCCUGGAAGAUCCACAGCUGAGCCGUAUUGUGACGAUUGCGGGCUGCAGCAGGUCAGCUUUACCGGACCCAGAUCCUACCGAUGCAGCUGCGGCCGCAGAACGGUUGAGGGAACACACGCACUUACUCCAGUGCUGCACCUUGGUGGCUCUGUCAGCGGUAUGGAGCGCAGAUUUUAUCGUUCUUGAACUGCAUCGCAUCAGAGAGCAAGCGGAGUUUUGGGAGGAGCUGGCAGAAACGACGACAACGCUUCUAGCGCGGGGAUACGCGGUGAGUCUUCGAAAAAUAGGCGUGUCCCAUACGAAGCCAGAGCUUCCACACAUGGCUCCGGACGUCGUUCUUCUGGCUGUCCCAGGCUGCACUAAUCCUCGGUGGAUUGAUGACGCGCUCGCGGAUUGUGCCAUACCUGUCAAUGCACCGGGCUGUGAAACCCGGGACGCUGGUUCUCCUCUUACUGCUACAGUAUUUCCCACAGUUGAUCAACCGGCUAUGCUACAGGAUGGGACGGUCGCGGAAUCGGUGCCCUUGCAGCUCGUCCAAUUAGGUACUGCUGGAGAAGACCAGCCUUCCGCCCUGAAUGACAGCAAGCAGCUAAGCUCGGAAGAUGGCACGUCUCGUCGCUCCCUUGCGGCGGAUACUGCACACCGACAUGCAAUGGUAGUCUCACGCAUUAUUGGAGAACUCUCCAAGCACAGGCCAUCUCUCGAGUCUUUCUCGUUCAGAGGAUCUGCUAAUCCCCAGGGAGCAAUUAAGCGGAGGAGAGUCUAG